AUGCGUCACUCCGUGCAGAAGUGGCCCAAGGCCGGGGACGGCCGAAUCUACGUCCCCUACAAAGUGUCCCUCGCCUUCUACGAAGGCGACGUCAAGAAGAUCGAGGAGGCAGCGUUGGAGUUUGAGAAGAAAACGUGCAUCCGGUUCAUCCCUCGCUCCAGCCAGACUGACUACAUCUACAUCCACGCGUGGGACGGGAAUUGGUCAUUCCUGGGCCAUCAGGGCAGAGACCAGGCGCUGUCCCUGGAGCCUGGUAAGGUGACCAAGGGCGUCGUUCUGCACGAGUUGAUGCAUGCGCUCGGCUUCCACCACGAGCACUGCCGUAGCGAUCGCGACGACCACGUCUUUGUGUUGAGCCACAACGUCAAGCCCGAGUGGGUGGAUGCCAUUGUGAAGACAACCCCCCAUGAGCACAACCUAAGGACCCCGUACGACUACAGCUCCGUCACCCACUACGGCAUGACUGCCGGCUCGAAAGAUGAGCACAGCCCGACCCUGGUGCCCAGGGACACAAGCACCAGGCGUCGCUUUGGAGGUGGCCACACCCUGAGUGAGGGCGACGUGAAGAAGAUCGAGAAGAUGUUCGGCUGUGAGCCGGUACCACGGGGACCCAGCGACGCAACUCAAGCGUGGACCCUGGGUGAGAGACACACAGCUGGAGAGCUCCGGUGA